CCUCAGCCUCAGCCCAGCCUAGUGCACCCCCUGCCUCCGCCUGGCCAAGUGCACCCCCUGCCUCCGCCUGGCCAAGUGCUCCCACUGCCUCAGCCUCAACCCGGUGAAGUACAGCCUCAGCCUCAGCCUGGCCAAGUGCGCCCGCUGCCUCCGCCUGGCCAAGUGCACCCCCUGCCUCCGCCUGGCCAAGUGCGCCCACUGCCUCAACCUCAGCCUCAGCCCGGCCAAGUGCGCCCGCUGCCUCAGCCUCAGCCCGGCCUAGUGCGCCCGCUGCCUCAGCCUCAGCCCGGCCUUGUGCAACCAGUGCCUCCUCUCUAUCCUGGCCUAAUGCACCCUUCUGGCCUCUACAGUAUAGGUAUGUGAUCAUUUUUCGAUGUUAUCAUUAAGUACAACUCUGUGAUCUGUGCUGUUAAGUAAAACAGAAGCAUUCUGAACUAAGUAAAUACUGAUGGGUAUUGUGUGAAUACAGUAAUAGUUGUUCUGCAUAAAGUUCAGACUAUUGAUUGAUCAUCGACUUUCUUGAUUUAGUGUUGCAUACUAAUUCCGCAUAUGGAGUGUCAGGGAAACUGUAUUAUAUUUAUACCACAUGGCACGGAUGAAGCAUGGAUUCAAGUAUAUGAAGAAUGUGAUCUAUUUCUGCCUCGGAAUAUCUGAUAAGAUUCUAGGAGAGACCUUUAGUUCCUUUAAAAAGAGCAUUCUACUUCCUUUAAUGAUUCAUUGGACACACACAAAAUUGUUCUUGGCUUCCCACUUGUUCAUUGCGGGGGCUGACCCACUACUCAUUCACAUCAAGCUAUUGCUUAUUUUAAAAUCUGGCUUAACAUGGCAUGCAAGCCAGUCCUAAUAGGGCAUACUUUAUCAUGCUCCAGAUAACGCUGUAGCUCUUUUCUUGCCCUCCCAGGUUCUCCUCUAACCCAGGAGCAGUGCCAGGUUUCAUCUGGAAAGAUUCCCUGUGCAGGUUCACUAGGACAAGCUGAAUGUUACCAGACUGGAUGCUGUUAUGAUGAGAGGGAUCAAACUACUCCAUGUUACUAUGGCAACACAGGUAAAGGGGAAAAUACUUUGUUUCUUUUAGUUUCCUGCUAAUUGUCUGGCGUGCUGGUGGUAAAUUAGGCUGGCAACCAUGGUAAUGAUUCAUUUACCAAGGGGACUUAUUGCUUGCACUAAGGAAAUAAUCGCCCGGUUUGCACAUAAUGCUAAACCAAACAAUGGCUAAGCAUGGAUGUAUAAGCGGUUGUUCACAGUAAAAAAAAAAAAAAUGCAGCCAAUUCACUCCUUCCCCAGUUGUUCUGCUGCUACUAAAUCAUGGCUUUUGGCUUAGCAUUGCAUCUGAACCAGAGCUCAUGGUUUGCCCCAACCCACAGGCAGCAAGCCAGGAACAAACCUUGGCUACAGCUUGUGUCUUCUCUAGAUCAAGAGAAACCAUGAGCCUGCAUUUACGGUAGAUGUCAUGCUAAGCGAAAUCAUGGCGUAGCUCCAGGUAGCACAGCAGGUUGGCUGGGGGGAGGAGCAAAGCACUCUAACUACUCCCCCCCAGUAUCAUGGUUUAAAAACUACUACAGAUGAACUCCCAUGUCGGAUCCAGCCGUUACAAAGUGGCGAAGUUUAGCAUAAAAUUAUGACACAGAGAGCCAGCAAUAUUUUCAUGAUGGUAGGAGCAGCUCCUUUCGAACUUCCCUCUCCUCCUCCUGCAAACUUCUUUAUUCCUUUGUCUCUCUCCAGCCGCAUGGCUGUUUGCCAGUGUCUCACGUUACCUCAUCCGGUCAAGGCUUUUAUUGCCCCCAACACCUUAUAGGGUCAAUCACUGCCCAGAGGAAACACAGCUCCAAUACAUUCCAAUACAUUGUAAAGCUCAGAGUGCUGGUCAGCCGAGGUCAGGGGGCACCCUGCAAUAUUACAAGCCUUUGCCGUGGCUUUAUGACUCCCACAUGCCCUCUUUCUUUACUUUAUUAAUCAGUACCAAUACGGUUAUAUCGAGCGCGAUAAGCAACUCUUUGACACCGGAAGCGGGCUGCGGACUGGAGAACCAUGCAGUACAUAUAGAGAUUAUAGAAAGAAUACAUUGGAUACAGCAACACAAAAUAAUGCAAAUAACUACUAUAAUGAUCACUAAAAUCAAUAACUACUAUAAUGAUCACUAAAAUCCAGAAGCCAAGAAUAUAAGAAUUCUGAUUCCAAGCUGCAUGGUAGGCUUCCUUUUAGUUUAUUAGCCAUGCACUGGUGUCACUUCUAUAGCACUGAGAUUUGUCACUGUAUAUUCCUGUAAGAGAACAAAGCUAUUAAAAGUGAAUUUCAAUGUAUAUUGACAGUUUGGAUAUAUGCCCCAUGACUCUUUCCCCUCCUUAAUUUGAAAAUAAAUGGGGGCAGGCUCAUGGAGGGUCAAUUGUACUGGAGGCCAAAAAGUUUGCUUAGGGGGAUAUAAUAUAAGUAAAUUGAAAAGAUCCAUAGACAGGCACACCAUGAAGCAUUAUGCCUGAAUGACUGGCAUACACACCCAACAUUUAGAAGCGUGCAAUAAACUGGCAAACAUAAUCAUAUCUUGUACAAAAAUAUCAUCCCUCCAUAUCUUAUGAUAAUUUUCUCCCUAAAAGUCUUAUUCAACAACGCUGUUCUUCUAGUUCAAAAGUGGCUGAGCCGUGGAUACUGCCAGCCAGAGUAGGAAGCUGACGACAGCUGCUUGCCAGCCGAUGAGGUGAAAUAUGGUGGUUUCAACUGGACUGGUCGUCUGCUUCUCUUCCUUGUAUAACGGUGCAGCAAAGGAUGGCAAGGCAAAUGGUUAGGAAGGCAAACACUGCCAGAUGCAGUUCGUGUGCAGCACCUCUAGGUGGCGCAUGCGGAAGGGUUUCAAUGCUUCACCCACAAAAUGUUGACAAAGUGUAGGGGAGUUCCGCAUGCCUUGAGGCAGGACAACCCACUGAUAUCGCUGGGUGGGCUGCGAAUUGUGAUAUGCUGGCAAUGUAAAAGCAAACCGUUCCCUGUCUGCUGGAGCCAGUGGGAUGAAGAUGGUUCAAUGUGGCCAAAAGUCAAUUGUUCAGAAAUAAGCUGUUCAGAGAUAGCUGGUGCCGCUGCUGCGGAUUUUUCUUUUGGUAGAGGCCACUGUUCUACCCCCACUGGGGUAUCGGUGAUCCUGGUUUGCCAAACUGGAAACAAGUUGUAUCGGUGGCUACAGGCUGGUUUUCAUUUAGCGCUGCUGCCAACAGAUAAGCCUUGUGGGUGGCUGUAACUACAGACUGACAAAUGCGAAGCAUGGCUGCUGUGUCUGUGGCAGGAUUGUGUAUUAUCGGUCGUAACGCAACCUUACAAUCCUCAUUGGCAUUUUCAAAGGCCAAUUGUUUGAUAAUUAUUUGUUUGGCUUCAGGAUUUUCAAUUUGGCGACUCACUGCUGUAAACAGCCUGUCCAUAAAGGAAGAAUAUGAUUCUCUUGCCUCUUGCCUGAUUGAACCCCACCUUGACUGAAUACUGGUGGGUUCUGGGAUUUUUCUUAUUGCUUGUUUAGCAGCAAGAGCAGUGUCCCUCAAUAAGAUUUGCAGCAGUGUGGCUUGCACUGAAGCUUGAGCGAAGGGACCACGCCCCAACAUGGCAUCUAAGACGUCUGCGAGGGUAACAUUUGGAUUAUUUCCUCUGACUUGUUGUAACAAGGCUGGAGCAUAAGCACGGCAGGCAGUUUCCCAUUCGUGGGCAAACAAAACACCAGCUGAUGGGGGCAACACUGUAUGGGCCUCUGGAACCAAGAGCUGGGCUAAUGUGGCUUCUAAAAGCGCCUGCGUAUAUGGAGCUUGGAGUCCAUUGGCCUUUACUGACUGUUGCAGCUCUCUCAAAAUCUUAAAGUCAAAAGGUUGGUAUUGGGCUUGGGUGCCUGCUGGGGCACCAGCAGGGGGCACAAUAACAGGGAGUGCCAUAGUAUCCUGAAUUAAGGAACAGCCAAGGACUGCACGUUGAAAAGGUUCUGGUUCUGGUUCUGCCUCUGAAAGAGCAGGAUCAUUGCCAGCCAGACCACGGUAUUUUUGCAGGAUUGGGUCCUCUGGUGAGGAACUGUAGUCCGGAGGUUUGGGGUCUGGAGCUGCUGGCAAAACAAGUAUUGGAACAGUCUCUAACACAGCAGGCUGAAUUAAAGAAGCUGAAGGUUGUGUUGGCAAUGCAGCCAUAGAGAUAUUUUUUGGUGAUAAAGAGCCCAUGGCGUAACGAACCUUGCACCAUGCAUUUAAAAUCCAAACACUUAUGCUGGGGUGCCCAUGAAAAUGUUCCCCGAUCUUGUCCCAAAGUUUUAAUUCCCAAGUCCCAUCUGCAGGAAACCAGGGGGAAUGCUCUUUGAUAGCCAGAAUGAGCUGUAUUAAAUCACCCUCCGGAACUUCCAAUUCGUUGGAGGAGAGGAGAAAUUUUAAGUCUUUUAAAAAUUUCUGUUGGGGAGCAGACAGAGAGCUGCCCAUUUUUCUAAAAUCAAUAUAUAAAAGAUGAAAAGGGAUCGGACUCACCGGGAUCUUUUUAAGAUGAUUAGCGCUUGAAACCCUUUCCGGGCGUAGUGAGCCGAUGAUAUCCUUUGCUAGGAUUGAUAAACCUCACAUGGUUUCCUUUUAAAAGCCUCAGUCUGCCUCAGACUGUUUUCUUUAAGUUACCUCUUCUUAGUCCUCAGACGUAUUCUUUUAUUCAGCCUCACACGGGGCACCACUUGUCGGAUCCAGCCGUUACAAAGUGGCGAAGUUUAGCAUAAAAUUAUGACACAGAGAGCCAGCAAUAUUUUCAUGAUGGUAGGAGCAGCUCCUUUCGAACUUCCCUCUCCUCCUCCUGCAAACUUCUUUAUUCCUUUGUCUCUCUCCAGCCGCAUGGCUGUUUGCCAGUGUCUCACGUUACCUCAUCCGGUCAAGGCUUUUAUUGCCCUCAACACCUUAUAGGGUCAAUCACUGCCCAGAGGAAACACAGCUCCAAUACAUUCCAAUACAUUGUAAAGCUCAGAGUGCUGGUCAGCCGAGGUCAGGGGGCACCCUGCAAUAUUACAAGCCUUUGCCGUGGCUUUAUGACUCCCACACUCCCAGCCAUGCUGAGUUCAAUACACCUGACACUAAAAGCCACCCUGGGAUUCUGUCCUGUGCUGGCUACUGCUGAGAAUCCAGAGGCUAGCAGGAUGAAAAUGUAUCCAGCACAGUUCAAAGCAGCACGAACCAGGAUACUAUACAGUCAUACCUCGGGUUGAAGUAGCUUCGGGAUAAAUAUUUUCGGGUUGUGUGCUGCAGUGACCCGAAAGUAAUGGAGUGUGUUACUUCCAGGUUUUGCCGCUUGCGCAUGCGGUCAAAAUGACGUCACGCACAUGCGCGGAAGCAGCGACCCGUGCACCCGCGGACGCGGGUUGCGCUCGCUUCUGGAUGCGAAUGGGACUCCAGAACGGAUCCCAUUCGCAUCCGGAGGUACCACUGUAUAGUACUGCUCAAAGGCUCCACCAGGCUAGUGUUUUAUUACGGGUGUAUUUUGUACCAUGUUCUUGACACAAUAAUAGUGGACUAGUGAUGGUUUCAUGUUGCUUUGUGGUGCUUCCCUGACGCUACCACAUUAUUGCUGUCUGGAGGGGCCUAUGAAGCAACAACAAAACUCAUAACAUUUAUGGUAUGAAGAGAGACCCGGGAUUUCAACAGGAAUUUACAGGGCAUGCAAUGAUUGCAAAUGAAGCAGUAUGACUCCCCCCCCCCCCAAAUAUUUUUGUUUGGCACAAAUAGUAUUGAAAGCUGGGCUGCAUGUGACUGCUCCGGUAGCAUCAUGAGUGUAAAUCAUCGUGACUGCACAAUAAGAACAUCUAAAUUGGUCCUUAUUAAGUGGGGUAGAAACAGCUUCUAUACCAUGCUAGCUGGGGUUACUUUGAGUUACCUUCCCGUUCCAGGCUCUUCAGGGUUCUAAACUCUGCUUGAAGGGAUUCAUUUGUGCUGUGGGGUGGGGUUCCCUCUGUUUCUACUUCCUGCUCUCUUUGUAUAUCAUACUGUGUGUUUUAUUGCUAUGGCUGGUGGCUGAUGCAAAUAAAGAUUCAUUCAUUCUCUGGAAGCUCUAGAAAUCUCAGGUCAUUCGGGGCAUGCAUGCAGAUAUUUUAUAAGGAAAUAUUUUGUCUGUGAAAUUGUGCAACAACAGACCUCUACCAAACAAACAUUUAAGCAUGUUUCACAGUGGCCAAAAUGUGUGGGUUUUUUUUUUUAAAUUGAACAGCAUGUGGGGUUUUUUACCCAUUUUGCCAAAACCACAUUUUCAAAAAUUGUGUGUGGUUACCCCACCAGAGAGCCACCAACCCUCUGAGGAGCAUCUCACCAGGGCCAAAAACAGCCAGAUAGACAGAGGGAGAGUUGCCUCCAAAUUCCAGAUUCUACCCCUCCUCUUGCCUCCCAAACACAGAAAGCCAUCGUCCAUCUCAGAAAAACAUAAAACAGUACCUUCCACACAUAGGCAUGGCAGGAUGUGGAGACCAUAUCCUGAGGGAAGGGAUUUGAAGAAUAUUUUUAUUGUUCUUUCCCCUUUCUUGUCUCCUGUACCUGCUGGUUUUGUUUUUUUUCUUGAAGAACCAAUUUUAUUUUUAUUUUUCAGUGGGCAAUGGUGCAAUUGUAACUUCUGUGUGUAUAACUUUAACAAGCUGGUGUAUAAAGCGAUGUCUGAAGGUAUAAAAUUCUGAAAACAAAUUGUGUACCAUUGCAUGUCCAUCGUCUGGAGAAAUGUGAUGUUGCAAUUCAGUGGACAGCUUAAUAUGGCUAUAGUGCAACCUGUGAACCUGGGCUCAUGCUGCAGGUUCACAGUAUCUAGAGCUGUCACGGUUAGGGCUCUCUCUGUCCCGUGAAACCAAUUCUUCCUCUACUGGCAGUGUCAAUUGUAUAUUGAUUCAUAUGGAGAAACCAACACCUGUGAGCAUUUCCUAAUAGGAAUUGUGUGACUUAGCAGCAAAUAGAGAACUUGUCUCCUGACAUUUUAGGGCAGCUGAAAAAUGAAGUCCUCCCCUCAAUCCGAAUAGAGCCUGCCCCAGAUUUGUGCAAGGAGAAGACAGAAAACUCAUAUUUCUUUUGAAACUUGAGUGUUUCAGGUUCUGCAAAAGAUGGCAAAUUCCAGCUUGUGACUCUUGUGUUGUGCUUGUGCUUUGCAGUCACUGUUCAAUGCCUUCGAGAUGGCCACUUCAUUCUGGUUGUCUCCAGGGAUAUGUUGGACUACCCCAUCGUCCUUGACAGUGUCAAACUGUCCUAUGCCCAAGGAGGAUGUGAUCCUGUCAGGAAAACGGAGUCUUUCUUGGUCUUCCACUUCCCUCUCACACACUGUGGUACGACGAUUCAGGUGAGGACGCAUCUUAGGCAAGUGUCCCUUCAUCUGGACCUUGAAGCUUGAUAAAAAGAAUUAUACAUGUGCUUCUGUUCCUUCCUAGAUGACUGGUGGCAGACUGAUAUAUGAAAACCAGUUGGUUUCAGGCGUUGAAAUCUUAAGGGGGCCAGAUGGUUUUAUUACCCGGGACAGCACCUUCAUGUAAGUUGAUCUCUCCCACGCAUUACUGAGGUGGUGGUUGCUCUCUAUACUAUGUCUAAGAGGCGUCAUACUGGUCCUAAUCAGGGCAGGCCUACUGUUCCUAGCACUGCUAAGCUUGAAUAGCAGUCUUCUGAAGUACAGUGGUUUCUGUUGAAGUCAAACAGAAUCUGUUCUUGAAGUCCAUUCGACUUCCAAAAUGUUCAGAAACCAAGGCGUGGCUUCCAAUUGGCUGCAGGAAGCUCCUGCAGCCAAUCGGAAGCUGCGUCAGACGUUCGGGUUCCAAGGUAUGACUGUAAUUUGGAUUUUCCAGUAGGGUAACAGCUGUUGGUUGCAAACUACUUUUCAGGUGCAUAAGCACAAUCACUCAGGUGCUCAAGUGAGUAAUCUUGCUUCAAAAAUGAGACAUGUGGAGGAAAAUUGUGGUUUUUUAAAAGUGUGGUUUCAACCAACAGUGCUUUUGGAAGACAGUAAUUUAAGUCACAUCCAGUAUUGUUUGAAAGAGGUGUUAACAGGGAUAUAUGCAUCAAAAAAGAUGUGCUGCCUAAGUGGCCAGGAAAAUGUAAGAAUCUUUUGAGAACUUCAGAUAUGUGACAAGGCUACUGAACAUGGCAAGACUAUGCAUCAUUCCGCUGUCCUGUCUUCCAUAUGCAGCCUCAAUACUCGCUGCAUCUUCAAUGCCACUGACUUCUUGCCAGUUCAGGUUGAAGUCUUCUUUCCUCCCACACCUGCUCCGGUUAUCGAGAUGGGGCCUCUCCGGUUUGAACUGCGUAUUGCUACAGGUAGGUGUGCUUCCAAAGCUUCUGGUUCCAACAGAGCUCACUCUGAAGUCCCGUAUAGGUGCUAACUUUCACUUUGCCUCUUGUACCCAGACUACAGUUACAGCUCCUACUACGCGGAUGCAGACUAUCCUGUGGUGAAGAUACUGAGAGACCCUGUGUAUGUGGAGGUUCGCGUCCUGCAGAGAAUGGACCCGUCCUUGGUUCUGGUUCUUCAUGAAUGCUGGGCUACUCCGACCCCUAACCCCCUUGAGAAGCUGCAGUGGCCAAUUCUGAUAGAUGGGUGAGUCAAGUAGGAAGGAGGAAUUCUGCUGGUUUCUCUCUAUGGAUUGCCACCUACUGUUCUCUGCUCAAAUGGCAAUGCCUCUUUUCCCUAGGUGCCCAUUUGAAGGCGAUAAUUACAGAACCCAGAUGGUUCCUAUGGGGCCUGCCACAUCUCAGCUGCAGUUUCCAGACCAUUACCAGCGUUUCACCAUUGCUACAUUUACAUUUGUGGAUUCUGCCCAUUAUAUGGUGCUGGAUGGAUUGGUAAGAGACAGAAUUCCUACUGCAGCUGAGCUCAAGUAAGGGCUCCGAAAUUGUGGUCUGCAGACCUUAAGUGGUCCAUGAGGUUCAGUCAGGUGCUCUGUGGCACAUGAGCAGAAGUAGGAUGAAUGCUGAAUUCAGCUGUUUAAAUUUAUCUCAAAAUGCAAGCUAUCUUGCUCUGGGCAAAUAUCUGAUCCCCCUGUAAGCUGCAGUCAAGAGUCCCUGAGUGGAUCUGACCCUAGGCGGCAUGGCUUGCAUUAGGUGCCAAAUUGAAAUGGUGCUGAAUUUAAUUCUACUUGAAUGCAAGCCAUACUGGCAAAGGAACCGUCAGGAGAACACUCUUAAUGUUCCUUUGCAGCAUGUUUUACAUGUCCCUCACUUGUCAGGUGAGCGGCAGGUGGGCAUGGCAGUGGGGCAAAACUAGGAGGCUUGGCAAGCUUAAAGAUUAGGUCCGUGUGCCAGAGGUUCCCCUCCCAUUCCCAUUAAUGCACAUUUAGAAUUAUGCCUUAACUGUAAGGAGAUAAUGUACUUUGUAAAUGUUUACGUCCAUGAGGAUUUUAUUAUAAUAUCUUGGAAGACUUGGGUUGACUCCUCUGCUAGCAAGCUUAUCAAAUGCAAUGUCUUUCCUAGGUGUACCUCUUCUGCAGUCUGUCUGUUUGCCACCCCUCUCACCUGCAGCCCUGCAGGAACACGUGUCAAAUGCCAGUGGCUGCAAGUAAGUCCAAAUGGCUUUGCUGUCGUACCGUAAAAGGUUUAUUUGAAUCCAGAUAGGCUGCCACCAGUAUUUCCAGCAUGCACAAAUGGCACUUACUGCCCAUGACUAAUAAACAAAAAUAGAUCUUGGUACUGUACUUGGAACUGGGGGCAUAAAUGCAGAGCACUAAGAGCUGAUGGGCUGCAACUAGAGACAAAGUAUGAAUGAAUAGGUACCUGGUAAACACACUCCCUGUUCAAGUGGCUCUUAUGUGCUAUUUUUAACAGCAUAUUGCCUCUCUUCGCAAACCUUGAAACUAGGCUGCUGGCACAUACCACCAAUUCUAACAGUCCAUAUACAAGGACACUCCAACAACCAGGUGCUCUGACUCCUAACCUCAAAUGAAGAUCCAUCUCUGCAGAAUCUUCCCACUUAGCAGUGCUGGCCUGCUGAUAUGUGAUGCUGGGGCUCAGCAACACCCCCCCCAAAUAAAGCUUCAGUCCUGAUGUGUAGGGGUCUGGCUAUGGUUCUUUACUGGGGUAAAGCAUUCAGAAUUCAAAUACUUGUUUUUUAAAGGGUUGUAUCUGUCUCUAGUCAUUGGGUGUAUAAAGGGGUUUCUAGGGCAUAGUCCUCCUGCAGGCUUCCAGCUCUAACAAUAUGAUCCAUGCUGUACUCCUUUUCCUUCUUAACCUUCAAAAUUGUAUAUGGCAUAAAGUGGCCUAGUAGUUUAUACCCGCUUUCUUUCUCCAACUCCCUUUUUAGGAAGUCGUCGGUUUUUGAAGACAGGCAAUGGGACAGAAUCCUUGGACCUAGUAAGCACUUAUGGAGGUGUGAUCUUUCAAGAAAGCAGCCAGACUCUUGAUAAACAAGUCAAAUGGAAGAAAGGUAAUUGGUGGUUGGAACUGCAAUAAUUCAUGGGACCAGUGAGUGAGUUGAAAUGAUGAAAAUGCUGUAUAUUUUUGAACAGGUAUUAACAUAGUUUUGCCAUCAACACUAAAUUUCAGUCAUCUUAUAUAUAGUCCUUUGUAAGAUACAAACUCUGUAUGGAUUUAUGCCUGAAGCAACCAACUAAAACUUGGGGGGAGGGGGGUGUCACAAGUCAUAAACUUGACUACCAAUGUCCUCCUAACAAUAUCACAACUUUUUAGCUCGUGAGGAGUACUGCUCGGCAGGGCACGUGGCAUUUAUCUGCCCUCCCAUCACUAGUGUCACCAUGGCUUAUCAGUGGGGCAUGGGGCAAUAGCAAAGUGCACUCACACCAUUUGUUGUCAGCAUGGUUUCUUCUGACAAGCUGCAGCAACGGGCUCAGGUGAGCACCCUACCCUGACCACUGCAGCUCUUGAGAACAUGCACAUAAUAAACUAUGUCUCACAGAUGCGGUUUUAUUCAGAGUAUACACUACUAGCUUUGUCCCAAUAGAACAUACCAUGGGUCCUUGGCUUGGGAAGUCAUGGAUGGCACAAAUGUGUUUUCAGGAGGUGCAAAGGACUGCCAUACCCCGAAUGUGCCAGCUUUGAUCGGUAACUAUCACCCUUACAAGUGCCACAUAGUGUUCAUACUGCACUUGGCAUGGCAUUUUUCCAUGUAGCAGUACUUGCUGGGGAAGGACCUAGCUCAGUAGCAGAGCUUGUUUGCAUGCAGAAGGUUCUGGGUUCAAACCCUAGCAUCUCCAGGUAGGGUUGGGAGAGCAUCCCUGCCUGAAACCCUGGAGAGCUGCAGCCAGUCAAUGUAGACAAUACAGAGUUGGGUGGACCAAUGGUCGGUCUUUGUGGAUGGCAGCUUUCUAUGUUCUGUUCUCUAGUGCUUAUUGCCUAUUGAUAUUGGGCAGACCCUUCACUGUACUGCUUAUGAUGUCUGUUAAAAAUGUUUUUGUUUGAGCAAGCCUACACAGAACUUGUAAUUUUAUCAUGUAUGUUUUAAAAAUCUACUGGUUUUAUUUAUAGUUUUUAGAGUUUCAAUUGCUAUUUUAAAAUUAUCUAUACCACUUUAUGGAAACCACUUAAGUUGUACAUAAAUCUUGCAAAAUAAGUGCAAGCCUCUCUUCUCUUCCACAGACAUGAGCUCCAGUGGAGAUGUGGCCCUGAUAUGCUUGGUGGCACUGCCGUUAGUGGGUGUAAUCUUGUUUGUUGUUGUGAUCGUACUCUGGAAAAAGAGAAGCAGAGUGACAAAACUCUAGUACUGAUGGGAAAAUGCAUAGAAUUAA